GUCUGUGCAGGAUGGUGGAUGCUCUGAAUGUCGGGGUGAAUCUGGAGGCCUUCUCUCAGGCCAUUCAUUGUAUCCAGGCGCUGCGUUCCAGCGUCACCCGCGUCUUCGAUUGCCUGAAGGAUGGCAUGAAAAAUAAGGAGAGCCAGGAGGCCCGGGAGAGGACCUUUGUCUCUGAAUUCCAGGACAACUUGCACAGUGUCAACGGGGAUCUCAAUGAGCUGGAACGUCUCAGCAAUUUAGUUGGAAAACCUUCUGAAAACCUCCCCCUUCAUAACAGUGGACUGCUGAGCCUAGAUCCUGUUCACGAUAAGACCCCUCUAUACAGCCAGCUCCUUCAGGCCUACAAGUGGUCAAACAAGCUGCAGUUCCACGCUGGCCUUGCAUCGGGUCUCCUUAAUCAGCAGUCGUUGAAACGGUCCGCAAUUCAGAUGGGCGUGUCAACAAAACGCAGACCAAAAGUGCAACCAACUACUCUUGCCCUUCCUCCUCAAUAUAUUGAUGAUGUAAUCAGCCGGAUCGAUAGAAUGUUCCCUGAAAUGACUAUCCAAUUAUCAAGGCCUAACGGAAGCUCGGCCAUUUUGCUGGUGAUCCUGGGGAAAGUGCUGAAAGUCAUUGUGGUGAUGCGCAGCCUUUUUAUUGACCGCACCAUAGUAAAGGGCUACACCGAAAAUGUUUAUACAGAAGACGGCAAGUUGGACAUAUGGUCGAAGUCUAAUUACCAAGUCUUUCAGAAGGUGACGGAUCAUGCCACCACCGCCCUGCUUCAUUACCAGCUGCCACAGAUGCCCGAUGUGGUGGUUCGUUCCUUUAUGACCUGGUUAAGAAGUUACAUCAAGCUGUUCCAGGCUCCUUGCCAACGAUGCGGGAAGUUUUUGCAGGAUGGGCUGCCUCCAACAUGGAGGGAUUUUCGUACGCUCGAAUCGUUCCACGACUCUUGCAGGCAGUAGAGAAGAACAAGAGGGGUUUUUGAUAACAAGAUGUCAUCUGCCAUUGUAUAGCCAUGGCAGCCAUUUUUUGAAUCCCUCCCAACUUUGACUUGAAAAUGCUAUUUUUCUAUUGGAUUUCUCAGCUUGUAAAUAAAUCAGUUAUGUUUUCUGA